AUGAGUGUGGACCCAAAUGAGUACAAGUACAUUGAGAUCCAUGUUUGGAAGAGCAAUAUUAAUGCAACAAGCUCAUCCUUGAUCCUUUGGAAGGAUGUUGUGCAAUGGGUGUGGUGCAACUAUCAAGUACAGCAAUCUCAGUGUGCUAACAAUGGCUGUUCCUGGACUGGUCCCCAGCAUCAGCUUUCUGACAAACAUGUUCUCUCCUGCCAAUACAAAGCUAUCAAAGGAUUCUUCUCCAUCAAUAACACUCAACUAUCAUCACUAAACACAGAAAAUGCCGCUCUCAGACAAAAAGUCUACACACUCGAAUCCGUUGUACAGACAAUGCGAAGAGACAUCCAAACCUUCAAAAACGUCCUCAGUCCAUGGUACCGGUUACACACCCAAACCCCACAAAUUGCUUCCCCAUCCAUCAAUGCCUUCGAUCAACUCUUCUUGGCAUCACCCAGUCCUUCUCCUUCCUCCAGAACCACUAUCAAUCAAGCUCAACCGUCUUCCCCCACAGAUCACAGAGAACUGAUGCCCCAUAACGAUAUCAAUGCACUCGCACCCUACUUCCCACUCCCACAUGAGCACACAUUCCAAGAAUCCCAUACUUAUCCCCAAUCACAUUGA